AUGUUGUUGGCUCUGCCUCAGCCUGGAGUCACGUCCUUCCUGCUCCCUGCUGCCUCCUCCACAGUGGAUUCAGUGGGCAUCACCCCUUGGGGAGAGGGUGCUUCCACUCCUCUCGGCAGCAGGCAGCGUCUGCAGGCUCUGAUCCCAGCUCUCCUGGGCGAACCCGGCGGGGCAGAAGGAGGACGCAGCCAGGCGGGCAAAGCAGCGCAGGGGGCCCGGGCUGUUACAGGCACUACUCGGGGUGCGAUGUCGGCCACGUGGGCUUGUCUGGUUUUGUCUGUGCUCUUGGGUUGGGGCUGCACAGCUGGCCCUCAGGGCGGGAAGGCGCAGCAACUGGGAACACCACUCUCCGACCAGGAGUACCGCCAGUUCUUCAGGUCCCUCCGGACCGCCCGCCGUGCCAGCACUGCCUGCGCUCUUCGUGCACUGUACGGCUGCCAGAAUCCCCUGGUCCGGAGACUGGACGAGUACGAAAACCACGGAGUCAUCCCUGAGGGGCCUAUAUGCUCUGAAGUGCCAGGAACUCCUUUCUUCCCUGACUUCUGCACCUUUGCUUUUUAUCGCUGUACUAGGAAAAAGUAUUUUAUUAAGAGGACUGCAUGCCCAGGAGAGAGCAGAGCCAAGCUGGGUAGCACACGAGCCUUCGAUGACAUGACCAUGAGCAGUGACACCAUGUCGUCCAGCAUCUUCAGUCCCCAGCCCCUUUUCCCCAUGUCUCCCACAACCACCCAGCCAGGCCGCUCCAGCUCUGACACAGAAGUAGCAGUGAUCCCCACUUCCUUACCUGAGGGCACACCAUGGUCGAGGAGCAUGCAGCUAAAUCCUUCUGACCCACAUGCCACGGAGGUGACAGCCAGUGGCCAGCAGCAAGGACAGCUGCCCACCAGUGACAUCCAGGAUCUCCUCCUGCGGCUACAAGAUACCCACGUGCAGAGUUCACUGCAGACCCUUCAGCGGUUGUUGAACAUGGGGAAGGCAGCGUGGGAGGAAGAGUUGCAGGCUGCCGCCCUGAAGCUGCUGGCAGCCCUGAACAAUGCGAGUGUCUCAGUGGGCAACCAGCACUGA